AUGCAGAGCUGUUGGAACGUUCUUGGCCGUGCCUCCGUCAUGUCUCUGGCGUCACUGACCUCCGUUGAAGCUCCUCCUGAACCCCCUUGCCCUCCUGACCCACCAGACCCCGAAUCCCCUCUCACCCAAACAGCUUUCCCUCCCCUAAAGAACUCAAACCCCCACCAAAAACUAAAGUCCAAAUCCCUUAACCCGCGCUUCCUUUCUUCCCCUCCCAUCACUGCUGCAUCUACUUUAAACCCAGCUGUUAACCUUUCUUCUCCUGAUACCUCCAUGGUUGAUUCAAAAGCUACUACCUCGAAACCUACUUUUGGAUCUAAAAUUACUGUAGAUGGACCUGAGGCUACAGUCAGAUCUGGUUCUGGAUCUGCUCUUAAUACUCAACCACAACAAAAAACUAACCCUUUGUUGAUAGAUUCAUCAGUCACCAAUCGGGUAGAGUACUCUGUUUCUUCUCCCAAAGGAAACGCUCCACCAAAAACACCAUCUCCUUCCAAUACUCACCCUACUCAACCCCACCGUCAAAUGCCUGCUCCCACAUUGGUGGAGAGACUCCGCGCUAAAGAAAAUAAAACUCUGCAGCGAUUAGCCCCAAUAUCCUUAUCAGAAACUGGUAGACCUAGAGUGCUUAUUCCAGAUGCAGUGUUCCAUAAAGGUGCUGAGAUGCAUAAGGAUUUCAUCAUCUGUUAUUUUAAUGGAAGACCCCCUCCUUUUGCUCAAAUCCAAAGCGUCCUAAACCAUAUGUCUGUUCUUGUGAGAAUUUCUAGUGAUUACCUUAGAGAAAAGAUUCUUGAGAAAAGCAUAUGGUAUGUGGGUGAUUCCAUGUUCCAUACAGCCCUCUGGUCCUCAGCUCAUUCCUCCUCUACUCCGCCACUUAAAGCCAUACAAAUUUGGGCCCAUCUUACUGGUGUUCCGCUUGACUUGCGCCACACUGAGGGUCUAAGUCUGGUUGCAGGUUUGGUUGGUCACCCGAAAGAAACAGAUGACUUUACCCUGAAUCUUGUCAGCCUCACCCUAUCUCAUGUAAAAGUGGAAGUUGAUCUCACUGAACCUCUUCCCAGCGUUGUUGAGUUUGAAAGGGAAAGUGGAGAAGUCGUUGAGGUGCAAGUAGUCUACCCUUGGGUCCCUCCCACUUGUUCUCACUGCAAAGAACUGGGACACAUAGUUAGAAACUGUCUCACAUAUAUUCCACCCCCAAAAGACAAUGCAAAGAAAGUGCCUGCACCGAAGAAAAGCUCUCAACCUGCUGUUGUAGGACCCUCCCCUGUCCCUGCACCGACUAUUGUUAAGGACACUGUCCCAAUACCAUCACCUCCUCCUCCCCCUCUUUCACCCAGUAACCUCCCUACUCCAGAUAAUUCUCUUCCAUCCACACCACAAAAAACUCUAUCCUUCACUUUUGGAACCACCACUACAGAGAUCUUAAACCCUUCCCUUAGAGAUGCAAAUAUCACCCUUCCCUCUUCUGAGCAAAUAGUCACUCCGCAGAAAGUUCAGAAAAACAAACAAACUCAUCUCAAAAACUCUUUUGGUCCCCUUUCAAACCUCCCCCCUUUUGAUCCCUCUCCCUUCACUCCCUCUGAAAAACCUUCGAGGCCUUCCCUCAAACGAUCCAGAUCGUCUCCUACGCUGUCUCCCCCCUUCCCAGCAAAAGUCCCAGCCAUCACUUACAAAAAUCCUGAAGUAUCCUCCUCUUCUCAAGGAACUUUAGUUGAAACCACUUCAUUUUUAGCUUUAGUUUUAAACCCACCAAACUCAUCCCCACCAAAUUCAAACCUUUUCUCUGUUGAUCCUAAGGGUUCUCUCCAGCCUCUGGGAGACCCUCUUCUUCCUUCCCAAUGA